UGAUUUUGACAAUUACCUAGAGUAGGGAUGCCGGCAGAUUUCAAUGGCUACUGGAAAAUGGUCAGCAAUGACAAUUUUGAGGAGUAUCUGAAAGCCCUGGAUGUUAAUGUUGCUGUAAGAAAAAUAGCAAACUUGCUAAAACCUGACAAAGACAUCCUUCAGAAUGGGGAUCAUAUGAUCAUUAAAACUCUAAGCACUUUUAGAAACUACAUCAUGGAAUUUGAUGUAGGAAAGGAGUUUGAGGAGGAUUUAGCUGGGGUGGAUGAUCGCAAAUGCAUGACCACAGUAUCUUGGGAUGGAGAUAAGCUUCUUUGUGUACAGAAAGGAGAAAAGGAAGGUCGUGGAUGGACCCAGUGGAUUGAAGGAGAUGAAAUGCACCUGGAAAUAAGAGUGUGUGGAGUCAAGUGCAAGCAAGUCUUUAAGAAGGUCCAGUGAGCCUAUUGCUGCUGGAAAAGUGAAGAACAGUAGAAAGUACUGAUCUACCACCAUAUCUCCAAGUACCAGUAAUGUGUAUCAUCAAGGACAAGGCAGCCAGUAAAGAGAUGAAGAUGACAUUAGAAUUGUAUAGUCAGAAUUUGCAUAAAAUGUUUUUAUCUAAUUAUUUUUAAAUAAAUAAUUCCAAAUAAAAUUCUUGUUAGAAAUGCCAAUUAAAAAUACUAAAUAC